CAUUUGGUUCAUACCUGCUGCCGAAAGGAAGUGUUGCUUUGUUAUGAACAGGCGGCGCUGCAGCUGGCGGAAGAGGAGCUCGCCCAGCCCAGUCUCUGCUCGCUGGUACACCGAGUCAGAAAGAGAAAGGAGGAGGAGAGAAAGGAAGGAGAAGGGGCAAUACGGUGUCGGUUAGAUAAAGGGAGGGCUGCUAUAAUGGCCGCUAAGUCGGAUGGGGUUUUGAAAAUGAAAAAGAGCGAUGUGGCAUUUACUCCCUUGCAAAAUUCGGAUCACUCGGGCUCCGUGCAGGGGCUCGCCCCAGGAUCGCAGCCGGACUCGGGAACGGGAGAGGGAGACUUCGUGAAUGCGGAUUCGCGCUGCUGCGGCUCCUCUUCGACGUGUCUUCGCCUCGGGAGGGAGCAGCAAAACUACUCGGUGUGGGACUGUCUUUGGAUCCUCGCCGCAGUUGCAGUGUAUUUUGCCGAUGUGGGCACAGAUGUUUGGCUUUCCGUCGAUUAUUACCUCCGUCGCGAUUACUGGUGGUUCGGGCUCACGUUGUUUUUCGUGGUGCUCGGGUCGUUUUCUGUGCAGGUUUUUAGUUUUAGAUGGUUCGUGCACGAUUUCAGCACCGAGGAGAGCUCAGGUGCCGGUGGUGCUGCCAGUUGCUCCCACAUGGACGGGAAGCUCAUGAGCGGUUCUGCCUCGCAUGGGGACGUGGGUGCCCACCCUUCCACACCCCAGAGACAGGCUUCCACCGCCAGCAAGAGCAACACCGCAACUAACAGCAGUAACAGCAGCACCGCGACCCGGACUAACAAGAAAAGGUCGGCAUCCUGCUCGUUCUGCAUUUGGCUCCUGCAGUCAGUCAUCCACAUCCUGCAGCUUGGGCAGAUAUGGAGGUAUUUCCAUACGAUCUACCUGGGCAUACGGAGUCGGCGGAGCAGCGAACACGAACGAUGGCGGUUCUACUGGCGGAUGGUGUACGAGUACGCAGACGUCAGCAUGCUGCAUCUGCUGGCCACUUUCCUGGAGAGUGCUCCUCAGCUGGUGCUUCAGCUCUGCAUUAUAAUCCAGACGCACAAACUGCAGGCCCUUCAAGGUCUGACGGCAGCCGCCUCUCUGGUGUCACUGGCCUGGGCUCUGGCCUCAUACCAGAAGGCCCUCCGUGACUCCAGAGACGACAAAAAGCCCAUCAGCUACUUGGCUGUCAUCAUCCAGUUCUGCUGGCACUUCUUCACCAUCGCCGCCCGCGUCAUCACCUUCGCGCUCUUCGCCUCCGUGUUCCAGCUCUACUUCGGGAUCUUCAUCGUCCUGCACUGGUGCAUCAUGACCUUCUGGAUCGUCCACUGUGAGACGGAGUUCUGCAUCACCAAGUGGGAGGAGAUCGUCUUCGACAUGGUGGUGGGCAUCAUCUACAUCUUCAGCUGGUUCAACGUCAAAGAGGGCCGGACCCGCUGCCGUUUGUUCAUCUACUAUUUCGUGAUCCUCUUGGAGAACACUGCCUUGAGUGCCCUCUGGUACCUGUACCGGAUGCCCCCGAGCACCGACGCCUUCGCCAUCCCCGCCCUCUGCGUCAUCUUCAGCAGCUUCCUGACUGGAAUAGUCUUCAUGCUCAUGUACUAUGCCUUCUUUCACCCCAACGGGCCGCGGUUCAGUCACUCGCCCAGCUGCACGCUGGAGGACACCACCGUCACCUUUUCGUCCCUUCCCGCCGAGGGGGCCACCAACUCCCUGCGGGCCGGCCAGACCCGGGGAACUCCCGUGGCAGCGGCGGCGGCGGCGGACAGGGAUCCCAAAUUCACGGAGAGGGACGGCUGCGUGCCUGUGUUUCAGGUGAGGCCCACUGCCCCCUCCACGCCAUCCUCCCGUGCGCCGCGGAUAGAGGAGACGGUGAUUAAGAUAGACCUGUUCCGGAACAGGUAUCCCGCGUGGGAGAGGCACGUGCUGGACAGAAGUAUACGGAAGGCCAUCCUGGCCUUCGAAUGUUCUCCCUCUCCUCCCCGGCUCCAGUACAAAGAUGAUGCUCUGGUCCAGGAGCGUCUGGAGUACGAGACCACGCUGUAGCCCGUGGGGGGUACCUGUUAUGGAAAUAUAUGAAUAUAAAUACAAAAAUUUAGACGAUCAAUUUGGGUUAACAGCAGGACUGUGGCAAUAAAUUAGUUGCUCUCUCUAUAAAUAGCAUUGAGCCAUGAUGUUGAUUGUCAUGGACAAAAGUAGGCACGAUUUAUUUGUUGAUGAAAUGAUUUAUCAAUGUUUUUUAAUGAUUUUUUAGGUAACUUAGUUGCUGUUGUUGUUGUUGUUUUUAUCUUAUAUCUGUCAGGGAAUACCUUAACCAGUAAAAGGCCACAUUUUCACCCGACUGAAACCCCCUGAUAAAUACAAGGCUGAUCUCACAGUUUUUCCCUGGGUCUUUGAACAACUGUGACCACUUAAGACAAGCCAUGGCUUAGCAGAGUGGCUGCAGCUCCAGUCAUCUCCCUGUACAGAAAAUUACUAUAGAUAGGCUUCCUUUGUGACCUCAGGUUGAGAAUGUUCAAUCAAUUAUCUGAGCUGGCUAUUCAGUGAUUCCCUACACUGAAAUUACAAUUCCGGAUAUAGUUCACAAAAACAACACAUCCAUAAAAAUAGCCUGCUCCUCGAUACAGCAGACACAACUGUCUUGUGGUAUAUUGUAUCACUGUUCUUGUGGCGAAAACAAAAUUCUACCUGUUAUUUGAGUCAAACGGGGGACCAAAUUGAGAUGAAUAUGAGUGGACCUACGUGCUGUAAUUAAUAUAGAGGAUACAAUUGUGACCUUGCAAGUUUAGAGGAUAAUAAGAGCUGGGCCUGUGUGCGCUGUUACGGUCAGCCAUCUCCCUCUUAGUGCCAAAAGCUCAGUUACUGUUGCGUCUCACAGACUCUGGGUCACCGCCAAGCACUGUAACUGGAAGCAGUAACCAGAUUGUCAUUUACUUGAAUUUGAGGGGGGUAAAAAAAAGUGCUUGGUCAACUUUCUCACCUGUGCCACCCAAAAUGGCACGCUCAUGUGGAGGUUCUUGAGGUCAGACUCUGCUGUUAAAUUUUCCACCGGGAGGAAGAACACCGGCAGCGGAAAACCCAUCUCUGGCAGCUUCAGCACACAGCCUCGUAUGUGGGCUUUCAGGCUGAUGACGAGUCUGUGAGCUGCACUUGGACACAUGCGGAACGCGUCAGAGAAAGAAAGGGAAUCAGCCGUGCAUUUUUCCUGCCAAACUCGCACAUCACAACACAUGGAGCCAUUCCACCAUUAGGAUUAAAGAUGCAGCAUUCCUUUUUACAUGAUAUGUGACUAGUUGCGUGAGUGUGAAAAUGACACGGGUACCUGGGUUAACCUCUGCUUUCUUUGGCGUUUUGGUUUACUUGUAGCUACCAUUCAGUACAAACAAAAAAAAAAAGAAAAAAUGAUAUCUUAUGCAUUUGAAGCACUUAAUGUGCACUUUGCUGCUCUACUUUACACAAGACCAAGUAAGGGCUUAAACCAGUAAUGUCAUUGAAACAGCCUAUAGCCAACCUUAUGAAAAGCAAAUGUGUUGAGCGGGACUUGACAGCGGCUGAAAAAAUAGCGCUGAAAGUGUUCUGAGUAAAAUUUCAGACAUGACUACUUUGGACGGCAUAUCUUUUAAAAAAUGAAUACUGUGUCUUUAAUCCUGGUGAAGGAUUCACCACAGAAAGGAAUGUUGUUACCUUCCUCUCCAGUUUUAGGUCACAACCCACUCUUUUGAAAAGGAUGAAAAGGUAAACUGCGGAAGCAAAAGCAAGCACAAAAAGCUGUCAUGAGGAAAGAUCACUGCGCUGUUGGUGGAGUUUUCAUUUCCCUCAUUACAUGAAGACACAUGAAAGAGGAAAAAAAGACUUAAUACCUUCCCCCUGCUAUUAAAUGAGUUAUAUGUGAUGUAACACCUCCUAUACACAUUGAUUUAUAAUUAUAUUGAU